CCUGGGGCCGCCUCCGCACCAUUGGUUGCUGUGCGUCUCCAAAAGGGGCCCUCUCACUUCUCACUGAGUCAGUCUGGUCCUCGGUCGUGGAGCUCCCCACAAGUCUCGCUGGUCUCUGAACUGGAUCCCCGUUUCCCAGAGUUUCGAGCAAGUUUCCCUUCUCCCUGGCGCUCCGCUGGCUGGCUCCGGGACCCAGUCAGCUGCAGGCAGCUGAACUCCGGGCCACACCAGCCGUGUCUCAGCUACGCGCGCUCCUAGGUCGCUCACUCUUGGUACACGCUGGGGGUCCCUGAGCUCGACUCUGAGGGCGAGAUGCCCCUGGGACACAUCAUGAGGCUGGAUCUGGAGAAAAUCGCCCUGGAGUACAUCGUGCCCUGUCUGCACGAGGUCGGCUUCUGUUACCUGGACAACUUCCUGGGCGAGGUAGUGGGCGACUGCGUCCUGGAGCGUGUCAAGCAGCUGCACAGCAACGGAGUCCUGCGGGACGGCCAGUUGGCCGGGCCGCGCGCGGGAGUCUCCAAGCGGCACCUGCGGGGAGACCAGAUCACGUGGAUCGGGGGCAACGAGGAGGGCUGUGAGGCCAUCAGCUUUCUCUUGUCCCUCAUCGACAGGCUGGUCCUGUACUGCGGGAGCCGGCUGGGCAAAUACUACGUCAAGGAGAGGUCCAAGGCAAUGGUGGCUUGCUACCCAGGAAAUGGAACAGGUUACGUUCGACAUGUAGACAACCCCAACGGUGACGGCCGCUGUAUCACCUGCAUCUACUAUCUCAACAAGAAUUGGGAUUCCAAGCUACACGGUGGCAUCCUGCGGAUAUUUCCAGAAGGGAAAUCGUUUGUAGCAGAUGUGGAGCCCAUUUUUGACAGACUCUUGUUCUUCUGGUCAGACCGCAGGAACCCUCAUGAAGUCCAGCCUUCCUAUGCAACCAGAUACGCUAUGACUGUCUGGUACUUUGAUGCUGAUGAAAGGGCAGAAGCCAAAAGGAAAUUCAGGAAUUUAACUAGGAAAAACAGAAUCUGCCCUCACUGAAGACUGACUGUGCUCCAAAUUCCGCUGGCCUCGUUCAUUGAUACAAUAGUUCCUGAAUUCUCUUCCAGAGUUGAGACCCAAAGAAGCCUUUUUCAGUGAAUUGGUGACCAGCAAACCCCCUACUGCUUGCAUCAUUCACAUCCCUAUAUUGCGAAUGGUACUUGGUGUUUUCUUGCCAAGAUUACAUCCACCUUCGGACACUCUCUUUGCCAGAUGAACUCAUUAUCCAACUCUGAAAAUAUCUGCAGAAGACCUCUGUGGCCAGCGGUUUAAUUGAUAGAUUUGGGAAUACCAUCUAUCAAAAUGAGAGCCCAGGAACAUGGGUGAGGGAGUAAAUCUGAUUUGCACUUUAUGUACACUUCCCAAUUUGAAAGGAGGAGGCUUGCAAAGAAAAAAAAUGGUGACAGAUGCACAGAGAGGCAUCACUGAAGCCUUAAUAGCAAGAAACAGGAAUUUGUGUCAUCUGAACAAUUCUAGAUGUUUUUAAUCCAAGGGCUGUUGGGGUUUCUGAAGAAUUAUCACAACCUAAUGACAUUAUUACCUCUGGACAGGGCUGCUGUCGUAGUCAAGCAUUAUCAGUGUCCUCUGGGUAAACACUCCUUAUUCCUGACUCUACAACCUGGACUUCUUGCCUCUGCCCUAUUUCACUGAACACGUGACUUUCUGAUAAAAAAUGACAUCAUUUAUUUUCUAUUCUCACUUUUACCUGGAGAGCCUAACUCUUCAGGGGCAAAAACUAGACAUUAAUUGUUUGGUUGCUUUGUUGAAAUGAAAUUUGAAUUUAAAGCAAAUGGAAAAAUAUUUACCUGGUAGUUUAGAGAUGGCAACCUCUGAUGCUGGUGUUGAAAGACCUGGGUCUACCAAUAUACGACAAAUGUGUGUGCAUCUUGAACAAUUUGAGAGUGAGGUGGAGUUGGAAAUGUGGACAUUUUCAUUUUUCAGUGUUUCUUUUUAAGGAGCUCACCCUUCUUUAAUAGAAUAAGAAAAUAUUUAAAAAGUAGGGUGCUAUUAAAGUGGAAAUGGAAAUAAAACAAAAAAUUCUGAAAAACUUUGAAUUCUUCACAUCUUCUGUCCCGAGUUGCUCGUCUCAACAGACUUGAGUCUGCAGAUCCACUGUGGUUGGCAGUGCGGCCAGACCGCAGGGGUCUGCUAGGACCGAGGAGGGUUCUGCUAGGCCAGCUGACACAGGUUCCUCAGGAACUCUGUGUCCAGUGCCUUCUCUGUGAAAGUUACUCUUCCUAGUUUCCAAUUCCAUUUUCCUAUUUUGAAAAUUUCUUAUUACUUGUGUGAAAAUCCCAUGAACUUUAAAGAGCCAGGACUAUUUCCUUUGGUCAUUUACAGAUACAGAGACUUUGCAAGAAAGAACCUUAUUUUUCCUUUUCUGGUUUUAGAAAAUUUCCAGCUAAGAUGUGUCUUCAUUCUCAUAACUGCUGUCUCUCUCUCUCUCUUUUUCAUACUACUCAUCACCUAACUUACUGUGUAACUUUCUUAUUUAUUGUGUUAUUUUCUUGUAUCCUUCCUAAGCACAAAGGUAACAGGAAUGUAUUCCCAGCACCUAAAAUAGUACCUGGAACACAGUAAGGGCUCAGUAAAUACUUUUGAAUAAACUCGCUCUCCUACCUUAGCAUUUCAAUGGUUUGAUUAAUCUCCUUCAUCUCUGGCAGGAAGGACUUGCUGGAAUUUUUGUACAUACCCACCUCUCAUUGUUGACUUACACUUUUAGGCUAAGAUUUUUAGAAAGCAUUGGUCAUCAUGUCAUUUCAUAUUUGUUUACCUGUUUGAACAGGUCACUGACCCCUGUGAACCUGAACUGAACAGAGAAUUCUGCCCUGCGGUUGCCCUGGGAACGCAGAGGUAGUUUGCGUGAAUAGCCGCAGAUAGGGCAGAGUACAUUCUUCCUUCAGAACAAUUUUGGAAAACUUCAUUAAAGAGAAAGAAAGAAGGUUGUUUCUUGACAAUUUUGUGUUCUAUAAAAUUGUAAUUAGGAUUUUUUUCCAUAAUUACAAAUGUCAUGAAUGACAGUGAGAAUAUUCUGAAAGAAUCUCAUGUUGUUCCAAUGAUACAUCUUGUAUCUUUUAUUUUGGUCCAUAUUUUGCCUUGCCAAAAUAUCAGAGGCCUUGCUUAUUACUUCAUUCAGACAAAGGUCCUAUAAAUGAAUAAACUGUAUAUUAAAUCAACUUUUAAUGCACUGAUCUUUUCAUGGCUGAAUUUGAGGUCUGGAAGAUUAAGCUGGAAAAGACAGCUGUAAUAGGGUCUGCUAUAUUGCUUCUCUUUGACAGCCCACUUAGGCAAUGACUUUGUCUUGCUAAAGCAAUGUUAUUUGGCAAAUAAUCUGAUCAAUUUCUUUUAUAUUCCUGGCAAUGAAAUAUUAAGAGCCUACCUCAGUGUUACGUCACCUACAUAGUGCAGAGUCCUUCUUAGGAGAUUAAAUUCUGAACCAAAGAUCCAAUUUCAUGGAAAUAAAAAGUCUUGCCUAAGUGCAUUAAAUAGAUCUUCAGUAGAGUAGUUAAUACCAAUUAAAUACUAGGCUGUCUGAAUCACGAAUUAUCUAUUCAGACAUAAUUUUGUUUUUCCUUCUUUAAAUAACUCAGAUUUCUUUAGAGGUUGGGUCAUCCUAAUUUACUUUGGCCAGUCAGUCUUCAAAUUUCCUGUGUUCCAGAAAGCAAUGAUGAGAAAUGCCAUGCUGGGUCAGCAGUUGUAUGAAAUAAGGUUUGGACAUGUCAGGUACUUUUAUAUUUGAUAACUACGAGGACAAGUACAAGGAAUGUUCUUGGUAAAGUUAUUUCAAAUGAAAAUAAUACAAAAUUGACUUAGCUUCAAUCUUGAAUUUUUUUGAAUGGCAUGACAAGAAUACUGAUUAGCUAGGUGGUCAGAGACUAUUGUCAAAACAGUGGAAAUAAAUGGUUCUUUUCAAAAUGAA